CGUGAACUGACGGUUUAUUAGUUAUUUACCAAAUUUCAUACGGGGCUGUAAACAUUAUGUUUAUGUGAUAGAGCUUGGUAGCUUCAACAAUCUCAAAAUCUUUUUCGAAGGAGUAGAUGACAGGUCUGGAAAUGUGGAUUUUAUACCACCAAUAAUGAUGAAUAGAUGCCAUUGUUCUCAAGGAAUCGACCAUAACCAUUUCCAAAUGGUUACGUUUGAUAGACCUUUAAUGAUAUUUCAUUCUCCUACUCCAAAGCAACGUCCUCUGGUUUUGAAUCCUUAUGGAGAUGCUUUUAUAGAAAAUCCACUGGAACUAGAAUUAGAUACUAGUCAUUUUCAACAUGAAAAUGAGAAAUGGAAAACGGAUCGUGAUUUAUCAGAAAAUAGAACUGAUUCGCGGAAAGAAAACGUGAAGUUGUCGUCUUUAGAAUCAUGUGCGCCUGAACUUGGUGACAAGAAUCAGUUGUCAGAAAUUAAUGAGAGAUCAGAUUAUAGUAAUAUUUCGGAAGAAAGUGACAAAGAAGCAGUCAUCUUCGUUGAAGAUUGUGAAGUGAUCAAAAAAGAUGAGAAUAAGAAAAGUAAAGAUUGUAGUGAAGUUAGAAGAAAUCCAGUUCGAAGCGUAAGAAAUAAAUCGAAGAUUUUAACGAACGAAGUUAUUUUUGAGGAAGAUUUUGUAUUCUUGGAGACGAGCGAUGAUGAAAUGAAGAUUGAUGAAAAAUCGCAUGUGGUGGAACUACCUAAAGAAUGGCCUGUAAAUGUACACGAGAGACCCGAAUAUAAUGCAACUACCAAGAAAAUUGAACCUUUCGAUUAUACUAUUCGUGAUAUACAAAAAACGGCUACCAUCACUACAAAACUGAAAGAAAAAGAAGUGAUUGUUCGGAAAAAUCCUAAGAGGAAACCGACUACUAGAAGAAAACCGAAACCAACUAUAGCGCCAGAGCCACCGCGGGAAACAGUCCCGAUAAGCGAAUUGAAGUCAGUGAUAAACAGCACAACCGAGAUGCUUAAAAAUUAUUUUUUCAAUAGUAAAAAACACCAGGAUCUUAUUUCAAAAAGUUCAGUCUGUACUCUUGAGAAUAAGGUGAAAGUUCUCAGGAAUCAGGCGUUUUUGUUCGCGAUUGUUAAUAAUUUGGAUGAGAGACAAAUUGCAGAUAAAUUUAAGCACAUAAAUCUAGAUAACGAGGCAAACAGUAUUCCGAGUGAGCGAAAAAGUUGAGAUGUUACCUUAAUUUCAAAUUAUAAUAUUUUUAAUAUAUAAUUUUCUUAAAAAA